CAGGAGUUCUCAUGGUGAUGUCAAAAUGCAGCCCCCGCCUAGAAAGGUAAAGCACACGACAGCACUGAAGAAUAUUCAUUCUGAACAGGUGGCCAAGCUCCAAGCGAAACAUCAACAGGAAUGUGACUUAUUGGAAGAUAUCAGAAAUUUUGCUAGGCAGAGAUCUAUUAUAGAGAAGGAGUAUGCCCAGUCAUUGCUGAAGCUGACUACUGGUUUACUGAAACGUGACUUCCCCGCCACACCUGACCUAUCAACGGAGGAUGGACAGGAACACAGGUUCAGCCCGGGAAGAACGGCUCUUGGGGUCUGGCGAGUCAUUCUGGAGGAAACAGAGAAUCUGGCUAAAGCAAAACUACAGGCGGCCGAAAUCUACAUGGAAAAGAUAGCAGAACCAGUCAAACCGUUACGUACUAAUAAAAUACAAUGUCAAAAAAAGGUAAUGCCACAACUGACCACCCUACACCAAGAGGUCAGCCAGAGUGUGAUGGAGAUGGCAAAGUCACAGAAGGGAUACAACCUUGACGAGAAUGUCUCCCAUGAAGCACGUCUGAAAGCUGCUGACAGUAACAACAGAUUGGCUCGAAGGUCUACAGGAAUAUUCCAGUCUUUGACAAGCCUACAACAGAAAAGUGCUAAGCUAAACAGUCGAAGAGACAUGUGUGAGGCAAAAUCUUGUCAGUCACGUAACGAAUAUGUGCUUAAUAUGUCUGCAGCAAAUGCUCAUCAAAUACGUUACUAUAGCAUCGACCUACCGGAACUGAUGAAGACUCUGGAUGGUGAUAUGUUUGAAAGAGUGAAGGAUUACUUCACUGUUCUAGGAUCUACUGGUCUGGAGAUCAGUACACAAGAGAAGGGUUCAUGUGAGAAUAUCGUCUCUCAGGCAAAAAUGAUUGACCGCCAGUUUAACCACCAGUGUUUUCUCUAUUGUAAUCACGUCUUUACAGACCUCACACAAUAUCAUUUUGAACCUUGCCAAAACGACGAGUGCAAUAAAGUUUCCAAGGACCACAAUGCAGGGUUACAGCUGGACAAAGAGGCACGAAAGUGGGCCACCAAGGCUGCAAAGGAAAGUAAGACAAUCAAGGAAUUUACAGCCAGCCUCAAAUCACUCCAGGAACAGGCCCAAGGGGACAAGCUCUCCGAUUCAGGAAUGGACAUUAAUUCCUCACAAGAAAUUGAACAGAGGAUAGAGGAAACACGAUUUUGUCUGCGAAAAUCUGAGAUUGCUAAAUGUAAAGCUGAAGCCAGAUUAGAAGCUCUGAGGCAGGCAGAUGUAAAUGUGGACGAGUGGAUCGCUAGUGCCCAGGCGGAAAGUUUACGGGUUGAAGAGGAAGAAAUGUCACGAACACCAAGUCAGAUCUCAUUAAGGACAGAAAGUUCAGGAGGAAAAAGCGAUGACCAUGAGCCAACCUAUACUCAUUAUGAUGAUGACGACGACUUUAUUGACGACACUUUUGAAGUUAGCAAGCAUGACAGCAUCAGUUCUUAUGGCAGUCAAACCAAGGCUGUUAAGUGUAGAGCCAUUUAUGAUUUCCAGGCUAGUAAUGCAGACGAGUUGAAUAUGAAAGAACAUGACAUUUUAGAAAUAAUAUCUGAUGGUGAUGGUGAUGGAUGGGUAAGGGCACGUAACUCUGAUGGGAAGGUCGGCUACAUUCCUCAGAACUACAUUGAGAUUCUGGAAAAUGGAGGUAUGGAUCAUUCUGAUCAGGCUGACAGUACAACUCAAGCAGAACAUACAGAGGGUGUAGAGAUACAUCCUGUCCAUUCAUUUGACCUACAGUCACCGGUCUCGGCCAAUGAUGCCACACAGGAAGUGACAUCAUAUUCUUCAGGUGACAUUGAGGUCCAGAUGACAACCAAUCAAAUGUCCCCUGAUAAACUACCUGUGGCUCCGGAAGAAGGUGUAUGGGCAAGGGCAUUAUAUGACUACGAAGCCAUGACGGAUGAAGAAUUAUCAUUCACAGAAGGAACAUUGAUAAAUAUUAUACGCAAAGAUGAAAAUGGUGUGGAUGAUGGCUUCUGGGAAGGGGAGAUAAAUGGCAAAGUCGGGGUAUUUCCGUCCCUGGUUGUAGAAGAAAUUGACACAAGUUCAGGAGGCCUGAAUCUGUUACCAUCUCCGGAUGAUAGACUGGGGCCACCAGAGUUUGUGCCCCCUCCUCCUGUCACAAUCACUGCAGCCACACCUGAGACAGAGGACCUACCUCGCCCCCUGUCAAACGGCACAGAUGGCGCUCCUACAAGCAGUAGUCCUAGGAAGACGACAGAACAGUAUUAUAGGCGUGUACGACAGAAUAAAAGCCAAGGCCGCCACGGCUGUCACUCCCCGCACCAUCACCCUGGUGGCAGUUACGGUCCACCCCACAGUAGAGGUAUAGUCUCGGCACGAGUUAGUGGUCAUGUACCUGCACAGGUGUGUGUUUCUCGCCAGGUUGGUGGCAGUCUGGCAUACAUGGACUAUGACGACGAUGAGGGAGAGGUGUCUAUAGUAUGACCCCUGGUCCCUUUAGUGCCCCACCCCUGGGGACUUCAGUGUGAAUCCAUAGUAUAUACUGCACCAGUAUUUUCUGGUAGUUCCUGUGUUCAGAAUGAUAUUGUGACAUUAACACUUGUUUAAUAACAUUGACAUGAUAUUUUUAAAAUCAAAUGUUGCUCUAUGAGUUAUGAUAUUUAGGGUCAAAGUUCAUGACUGCAUUUAUGACCUUUCAGAUCAGAUGAAACUUCAGAUGCUGUUUUGUAUCAAGGGAUCAAGUAUGAUUGAACAAUAUUUGUCAACGUUGUCACAAAGGGUCUUUUAAGACAUGUUACGUUGGAAUCAAAGGUCACACUAUGAUGUUAUUCGGAUUUAAAUGUCAUACUAUAUCAUAACUUGAAUUUUGAGGGUUCAAAUUUUAUCAUACAACUUUGGUCAAAGUUAAUGAUGAUGAUAAACUAUUUUUCAUGAAAUUUUGCAGAGUUUCAUAUUGGAAACGUAGUAUUUGAUGUUGUUAAUUAUGUAACAGCUUGCAUUUGAUCCAUUUUAUGCUAAGAUAAAACAUCAUUGAAAUGCAUGAAAGGUGACAGAUUUAGUGCUUUAGGGUAUCAACAGUAUGACAGGAAUUGGGAAGGAAAGUAACAUACUGUUUGUGGCUUUCCAAAAAUCAGUCGACAACUGUAACAAUGAGAGACUCUUUAAGACUUUUAGCCUGACUAAACUAGUCACUCAAGUUGUAACACUGAUCAACAGGUUUAGACUUCUAAGAAUUUUCUGUGAUAAAAAAAAAAAAAACAUAACAUGGAGAAAAUAAACAACUGACAUUCUUUUCUCAUUUCAAGUUAGCAGCUGUGUAUUUAUUCAGGAUCGUCAGCUUUAAUGUAAAACUUAAAUUUUUUUAAACUUUAUGUGAAAAGUAAAAUGUCAUGAUAUUGGAAAUUUAAAUAGUAAUAUUAUGAAUCAGGAAAAGGCAAAAUAUUAUAGUAAAUAGUUAUUUCACAA